AUAAAAAUCAUUUUUUUGAUGGUAUUAAUUAUUACAUUAAAAUUAAAAAUAAAAAAUGAAAGCAACAAUUAUUAAUUUUUGUUUAACAACUAUUAUUUUGUUGUCCAACCAAUUGAUCAGUGUUAAAAGUGGUGCCGAAGAUGUUGACGAUAAUCCCGAUUCCAUAAUAAUAACUUACCCGGGUACUCAUCAUCGGGAAAAAUUUGAAGGCCGACCCGAAACCGAAAUAAUUUUGACUACUACUGAUGAUGAUCACGAAACCCUAACUGAUCCGGAUAAUUGGUUUCGGGAUCACCUUAAAUUAGAUGGUCGACCCGAACCUCCACACAAGGGACCACAUCGGGAAAAAUUUGAAGGUCGACCCGUUAAUGAUAUGUAAUUUGUUGAGAGAGAGAGAGAGAGACAGAGACAGAGAGAUUAUGGGUUUAAACAGUAAAAAAAGUUUUUUUUAAUACCAAUUAGACUGAACUAACUAAUGAAACUAAUUUAAUAUUAAAAUUAUAAAAUAAAUCUCUUAUUAAUAAAACCAGAUAUAAAAACCACA